CACUGCUUGGUAUAAAUAACAGCAGCAGUGGUGUUGGAACUUUAAAGCAACGGAUUAAAUUAAGAGAGAUUCCUGGCUGCUCUCCACCUCUACGACUUAUUUAGGUUAUUCUAAAAAAAAAAGUGAAUCCUAGACUUUCGGAAAUCCUGUUUGGAAUUCUCGGAUCCCCACACUUGUUAAUUUGUUUCUUUCUUUUCGGAACAGACCAUGGCUUUUUUUAUAUAUUUAUUGUAUCUAUUGGCAUGUGCCGGUGAAGCUCAGGUGAUCACAGGGUGCGCGGCCGUAUGCAGGUGCCCCCCCCACCCCCCGCUGUGUGCGGCGGGUGUGAGCGCGGUGCCGGACGCGUGCGGCUGCUGCAAGGUGUGCGCCGCUCAGCUAAACCAGGACUGCAACCACGCCACGCCCUGUGACCACCACAAGGGCCUGGAGUGUAACUACGGCAACGACGCCAGCAUGGGCUGGGGCAUCUGUAGGGCCAAAUCCGAGGGCCGGACGUGCGAGUACAACGGCAGAAUGUACCAGAGCGGCGAGAGUUUCCGGGCGGGCUGCAAGCACCAGUGCACCUGCAUCGACGGCGCCGUGGGCUGCGCCCCACUGUGUGACACCCGGCUCCCCCUGGCCUCGCCCUCCUGCCCGGCACCCCGCCUGGUGCGGGUCCCGGGACACUGCUGCUACACCGUGGACUGCCACAGCGGGACUUGGCGCCUUCCCAAGAAACAACAGGUCCUCCAACUGCAGCCCAGACCUUACCCCAAGCUGGCCACACCCCAUUUGCCACGCCCUCAGAGUCCUACCAAUGACCUGGCUGUAGGCAACCAACUACUGGAGAGCCCACCAAUCAGCUGGGAGAAGGAGCAUAGCUUCAAUCACCUGCCUGAAUGGGGCCUUCUGAAGGAGAGGUGUGUGGCCCAGACCACCGAGUGGUCCCAGUGCUCCCGCAGCUGCGGGAUGGGCGUGUCCUCGCGCAUCACUAACAGCAACCCCAACUGCAAGCUGGAGAGAGAGACCAGGAUAUGCACUGUGCGGCCGUGCCACAGCCCCCCCAUCCCUUCAAAGAAAGGGAAGAAGUGCUCGCCGACCAAUAAGACCCUACAGCCAGUCCGCCUGACGUACGGCGAGUGCGUGAGCGUGCGCCUCCACCGACCCACCUUCUGCGGCACGUGCACGGACGGACGCUGCUGCGCGCCGCGCCGCACCAAGACCCUGCCCGUCUCCUUCGUCUGCCCGGACGGAGAGCGCUUCCAGAAGAGGGCCAUGGUCAUCCAGUCGUGCAAAUGCAGCAGCGCCGACUGCGGCCAUCUCAACGAAGCGGCGCUCCCGCCGCAGCACUGGAUGUACGGAGACACGCACAAGUUCAUCGACUGAGCCGGCCAUCGCAAGCUUUCUACCCGAAGGCAGACUUUCGAAGAUGAGGAGCCAUCCUCUGAUGAAGGGAAGACAUUUUAAAAUGAGGAGCCUUGCUCUGAUGAAGGGGGGAUAUUUUUAGAAAAGGGACCUUCCUUUAAUAAAGGAGGACCUUUUUAGACCAGGGACCUUCCUCUCAUGAAGGAGGACCUUUUUAGACCAGGGACCUUCCUCUCACGAAGGAGGACCUUUUUAGACCAGGGACCUUCCUCCAAUAAAGGGGGACGCUUUUAGACCAGGGACCUUCCUCCAAUAAAGGAGGACCCUUUUAGACCAGGGACCUUCCUCCAAUAAAGGAGGACCCUUUUAGACCAGGGACCUUCCUCCAAUAAAGGAGGACCCUUUUAGACCAGGGACCUUCCUCCAAUAAAGGGGGACCCUUUUAGACCAGGGACCUUCUGCCAAUAAAGGGAGACCCUUUUUAGACAAGGGACCUUCCUCAGUAAAGGGAGGCAUUUUGAGACUAGGGUCCAUCCCUAAAGGGAUGGACUUCAAGACAAAGGGUCUUUCUCUUGUAAAGAAAGACCUUUUAAGACAAGUUUUCCUCUAAGAAAGAAAACCAUCUUAAGACAAGUGGCCCCAGAUGAGGAGGGUUUGAACCCCAUUAUUACGAGCAGCAGCCCCCACGUCCACAUGACUGACAGGCAGGGGCUCGCCAUGUUGUUCACUUGCUGUCAAAUUAACAUUCUAAGGGGUAAGGUGAGUGUGGUGGGCUGAAAUGGGCCGUACCAACUCCUGCUCCAACAGAGAUCCUUGAAAUAAGAGUCCUGCGGCUCCAUUGUGCAUUAGAACUGUGGAGCUGCAGCUACUUGAGCCAGGUGUCCAAGGAGGAAUUACAGUCCGAGGCCAAGCGAGAAAGGGGACGGAUUAACUCUGGCUUUCCUAGGUGAUCACUCUUGAGUUACGGUUUCCCGCUACGACACACCGUGAUCCAUAAACAUGACAAUCGUUUCCGCGAGCAGUUAAUGGCUACUCUGAAAGGGAGAUGAUUAGUGGAUCGUCAGGUACAAUCUAUUGUAUCUAUUUUAACAAUCUUUUCUAAAUGAAGUGAGCAGAACGGCGACGGUUUAUUUCCUUUUUAUGCCGACGCUGUCUUGGACAUUCACAAAUUACAAAAACGGAAUGUUUAAUUUUAAAUAAAAAUCCAGAGUGAACUGUAAA